GUCGUCUUCUUCCUCAUCCAACCUCUUCGAAUUUGCAACCAUGACAGUAACUUUUUCUUAAAUCUGUUACCAAUUGAAGCUCGAAGAAGAAAGAUGCCGUUGAUGCUGAUCAGAUCGGUGGCUAAACCACCAGAGCCAUCGAAACACCAUGAAGAAACCUCCAUCAAAUUCGGGACUUCGGAAGCUCUGGCCCACGUCUGAUCCCUGCAUGAGUGUAUUGCAUACCAGCGUGCUCUCGACCUGGAUCUCGACAGCCUGUUCUUGCAGCAUAUGAACCUUGAUAAGCACCUCUUUCACCUUCAGAAAUCCGCCGAGGUACUUGACAUUGUCAAGGCCGACUCGGAUCACAUGUUGUCAAAUGUGCACUCCACGUGUGACCUUGCCGACCAGGUUAGCAGAAAGCUCUGAUCCGCGUUAACUCUAUGCUUCUCCAUGUCGAUGCCAUCUUCUAUCUCUCUCUUCCCUCCUUCCUAAUGGCGCCUUCUGUUUUCUACACCAUCUUUUCCAGAUCUUCCAUCUCCCUUGCUCCUGUUCAUCCUUGACCACUGCUUGCUCCCAUGGAGAGAGUAGAGAUUUGGGGAAGAAGAUGGAGCAGAGAGAGAUGAAAUGAGAGGAGGAAAGAGAAAUUUUGUGCCGGAGAAAUUCUUCGUUAGCUUAUGUGUCUUUUUGGAUGAUGAAAUGUCAUCUUUAGCUGAGUUGUAAUAAUAUUACUGAACGGGGAUACCACUUUCUUGUCAAAAAGAAGUUGCCAGUAGCUAUGGACCAGAGGGAUUUGACUAAACAAAAAAGGGCAUAAAAAUAAAUUAAAAACAUUGAUCAUAAGGAAUCCAGCAAAGCGUCCAACAAUGCAUAUAUCUCAGCAAAAAUAAAGCCAGAUCAGAUGCAAAAUAGGGGCUAAUGAGCGAAACGUUAAAACUUAACUGAUGGAUGCUGUCAGGCUACACAGAGGGGGUGGUUGGUUUGCCACUGAACAUGAGUUGAGGGGUACUUUUGCGCGUGAAUUAACUUGAGGGGUUGAUCUGUUAUCGAACGACGAGUUGAGGGGCUAAUCUGCAUGUUUUGCCUUAGAUAAAUCCCAGCACUUCCCUCUUCCUCUUGUUCUUCGUCGCUAACGAAAAUCACAGAAACAAGAAUCCAAGAAUCAUGGAGCAAGAGCCGAUUGCCGCCGAAUUGCCCAACCACCAGCAACCUCUUCAAGAGUUGCCCUUCGCCGUCUCCCUCCUUCGCCUUGACGGAGGCAAAUCCACCGCCAUUGGCGACGACAACCAACCUCCCAACUCCUCCUGCCGCUGCGAAUGCAAUUGCUCUUCCAUGAAACGCCCCUCCCGUGAACCCUCCACCGAACGCCACACCAAGAAACCCAACUACUGCGAUUUCUCGGUUCUUCCGCUUCCCCCAAUAUCUUUACCUACUCUUCGCCGCGGCGGUUCUGGCCCCUACACCGUUCCAAGACCAUCCACAUCCCAGACAAGGGAUUCCUUGCCGCCAGUCUCGAGGCGGUCGAUAGCGGAGCUUACUCCCUCGCCGGACAAGACCUCCUCCAGGUCUUCCGGCUCGAACGAGAUCAUCAGGGAGGAGAGUACCCGUAGACAGAGGUGGCAGAGGAUGAAGGAUAGGCUCAAGGAGAUGACUGAGUGGCUGGAAGAAAUGCGGGAAGGUGAGGGAAUGAAAGUCACUGAAGAUCCAACCAAGGAUGAGAAUGAAGAAGAAGAAGAAGAAGAAGAAGAAGAAGAAGAAGAAGCUGUGUGGGUGGAGAGAAAAGGGAAACGUUUGGUGAUUCAUUUCAAGUGUCCCUGUGGCAAAGGCUAUCAGAUUCUUCUCUCUGGAGGCAUGUGCUAUUACAAACUCACGUAGAUUCAUUCAUCAUCAUCUGCGACUGAUUUUCCUUUCUCCUCUGAUAUGUACAUAUUACAAUUAGAUGGAUUUUUUCAUUAGUCCUGGACAUAUUUUUCCUUUCUCAUUCCUUUGAUUUGUGUCCUCUUGGCACAUGAUGUCUGUAAUUGAAGAGGGGUUUACAAAUUACAUAAAUUUGUUCAUUAGGA